AUGGCACCUCCUGCCACCACAGACCCUCCGCCCUCCAACGUCUCCGAACGUCGCGUCCCUACCAAGCGUAAGCGCGAAACCGCCCGCCCCUCUAACAACUCCACGCGCACAUCAACCCCAAACGCCUACAGCAGACGAUCACCACCUCGUCAAGCACCACCCAAACGACCGGCCGACCCUGAAGAAGACGAAGGCGACCGCUCACCACCUCGAAAGCAGAAGAGACCUGGUGCUGGCGCCCGAAUCAACCGCGAAGCACUUGAAGCUGCCCGGCUCGAGCGUGAGCAGGAGAGGCGCGAGGCAGCGGAGCGACAGCAGAAAGUCGCAGCAUCUGAAUUGGUCGGUGACUUCUACAACAGUGUACCGCAGCGAGGGCGAGAAUGGAGACAAACGGACUCCAAGAUCAAAGGAUUGCGGAGUCUGAACAACUGGAUCAAAAGCACACUAAUCCAGAAGUUCUCGCGCCCGGAGACGGGUGUCAUGAAUCACUUCACAGUGCUGGAUAUGGCUUGUGGAAAGGGUGGUGAUCUGGGGAAGUGGGAGAAGGCGCCGACAGUGCCGAAUUUAUACGUCGGCUGCGACAUUGCAGACAUCUCCAUCACGCAGGCGAAGGAACGGUGGGCGGAAUCACAGCAGAGGAGCCGUGGUAGACAUCGAAGGGAUGCGGCUAUGGAGGCGCAGUUCUACGUGCAGGACACGUUCAGCAAACCACUGGGGGAGAUUCCGUUGAUACGUCAGGUGGGAUUCAACCCCAAUGCUGGUCCUGGGUCGGGUGUGAUUCAGCCAGGGAUGAUGAUGGGAGGCUUUGAUGUCGUGAGCAUGAUGUUUGCUCUUCACUACUCGUUUGAGACGGAGGAGUUGGCGAGGGGUAUGCUCAAGAAUGUUGCGGGUGCACUCAAGAAAGGGGGAAGAUUCAUUGGCGUUAUGCCCAACUCUGAUGUGAUAUCUGCGACAGUGAAGAAGCUACUUCAGGCGGAGAGCAAGGGCAAGACAGCCAAUGGCAAAGUCUCGCCUGGACCAGCGCAGAAGGAGAAAGAAGGUAGCGAGGACGGCGAGGUUGAGGAUGAAGAGGACGACUGGGAUCCGGAGAAGCCAUCGGAAGCUGCUAACGGAGCUACCGCAGACGGCGACGACGAAGACGACUGGGAUCCUGAGAAGCCUUCCGAGCCCGCGCCAACUGCAAAUGAGACCAACGACGAGGACGAAGAUUGGGAUCCCGAGAAACCCUCUGAACCCAACCCAGCGAUAGCAGAUGUCGCUGGACCCUCACAGCCUCAAACCAACGGCACCACCCCAGCUCAACAAACGCCCGCCGACCCCAAUCUCCCACCUUUAGAAUGGGGCAACUCCCUCUACACCGUCCGCUUUCCCCGCGCCCAACCCCUCACCAAGCGCCCAUUACCCCUCGACGGCAUCUUCCGCCCACCCUACGGCUGGAAAUACCACUACCAACUCGAGGAAGCCGUCGACGUCCCCGAGUUCGUCGUGCCGUGGGAAGGGUUCCGCGCGCUCGCCGAGGACUACGGGCUGGAGCUGAUGUACAGGAAAGGGUUUCGCGAGGUGCUGGACGAGAUCUGGGACGGGAGUGCGAGUGGCGGGCUGGGAGACGAAGCGGCAGAUGGGAAGUUGCAGCGGGAGUUGGGGAUGUUGGCGGAGAGGAUGGGCGUGUUGAGUCGGGAUCGGAGUCAGGGGAAGAAGGGGCUGUUAGUUGGGGAGGAGGAGAUGGAGGCGGCGGGGUUCUAUCAUGCUUUCUGCUUUUACAGGACGUAG